CUUAGCCCCCACCCAAUUUGUCUUCAUCUCAUCUCUUCUUUUCAUUCAUCCACCUUAUAAAACUUUAAUUAUUAUUUUGGCUAUUUCUCUCUCUCUUUUCUUACAACUCCUCCUCUGGCUGCUACCUCUAUGCACUCUUCUCAAUAAUUUUGGAGUCCAAGAUUUUCUGAGGGGGAGAAAAAGAGUCAACCAUAAAGAUGGAGGUAACCAAUGUCACCGAGUAUGAGGCCAUUGCCAAGCAAAAGUUGCCGAAGAUGGUGUACGACUACUAUGCAUCCGGUGCAGAGGACCAAUGGACUUUGCGGGAGAACAGAAAUGCUUUCUCGAGAAUUCUGUUUCGACCCCGUAUUCUUAUCGAUGUAAGCAAGAUAGACAUGACCACCACCGUCUUGGGCUUCAAGAUCUCCAUGCCUAUCAUGAUUGCCCCAACAGCCUUUCAGAAAAUGGCUCACCCUGAAGGAGAGUAUGCAACGGCUAGAGCCGCCUCAGCAGCUGGCACAAUUAUGACAUUGUCCUCAUGGGCUACUUCUAGUGUUGAAGAAGUUGCUUCAACAGGACCUGGAAUCCGCUUUUUCCAGCUUUACGUGUACAAGGACAGGAAAGUAGUUGCUCAGCUUGUGAGGAGGGCUGAAAGAGCUGGAUUCAAGGCUAUAGCCCUCACAGUUGAUACCCCCAGGCUUGGUCGCAGAGAAGCUGACAUCAAGAACAGAUUUACUUUACCACCAUUUUUGACAUUGAAGAACUUUGAGGGCUUGGACCUUGGAAAGAUGGAUCAAAGUGACGACUCUGGACUAGCUUCAUAUGUAGCUGGUCAAAUUGAUCGCUCUCUGAGCUGGAAGGAUGUGAAGUGGCUUCAGACAAUCACUCAAUUGCCAAUCCUAGUGAAGGGUGUACUCACUGCUGAGGAUGCAAUGCUAGCUGUACAAGCUGGAGCAGCUGGCAUUAUUGUCUCUAAUCACGGUGCUCGCCAACUUGAUUAUGUCCCUGCCACUAUCAUGGCUCUGGAAGAGGUUGUGAAAGCUGCACAAGGCCGUGUGCCCGUGUUCUUGGAUGGUGGUGUCCGCCGUGGAACAGAUGUUUUCAAAGCCUUGGCACUUGGGGCCUCUGGCAUAUUUAUCGGAAGGCCUGUGGUGUUCUCAUUGGCUGCUGAAGGAGAAGCUGGUAUCAGAAAAGUACUUCAGAUGCUGCGUGAUGAGUUUGAACUGACUAUGGCUUUAAGUGGUUGCCGUUCUCUAAAGGAAAUCACUCGCAAUCACAUCGUCACCGACUGGGACCUUCCUCGCCCCCACCCAGUAGCCAGGUUAUGAAAACAUUGCCUAAAACAUGAGCAAUGGUAGAUUAAUGAUGAUGAUAAAUGAUGAUAAUGUUUGUGUGUUCAAAAAUCUACCUUUCAUGUGAACCUGUAUUUGUUUCAACGAGUCUACAUUACGAUGGAUGAAUAUAAUUUUCAUAAUUGGCAAAUGUUGCCUUCAUUGUAUAUUCUUUCUUUUAACAAAAUUAUCUAUAUAACAAAGCAGUACUGUCCUUUAAUUUAUUCUA